AUGGGGGAAACCAACAUAUUUUCAGUUGUUCACGAAACGUCGCCCUUGAUGCCUGGGCGGCAGGAGGUGGAGGGUGAAAACCUGCUUCCUCCAGGAAACUCCAUGGCUCGUGAUGAGUCGAAGAGCAGCUGGUAUUUGUUUUUGCUCACCGUCUCGAUUGGGGGUCUUCAGGUAGUCUGGUCUGUGGAAUUGUCCAAUGGAUCGCCAUUCCUCCUGUCUCUUGGCAUGAGCAAGGCCCUACUUGCUUGCGUUUGGAUUGCUGGGCCCUUGACGGGUACAUUAGUUCAACCUUACGUCGGCAUUCGAAGCGAUAAUUGCCGGAUACCAUGGGGCAAGAGAAAGCCGUUCAUGGUGGCUGGGGGUGCAGCUACCAUUGUGUCUUUACUUCUACUCGCCUGGGUGAAAGAGAUUGUUGGUGGGUUUCUGUCGAUAUUUGGUGUGGAUCCGCUUUCAAGCGGCACUAAGACGACAAUUAUGAUCGUUGCGACACUUUUGAUGUUCUGUCUUGACUUUGCUAUCAACACCGUGCAAGCGGGAAUUAGAGCUUUCAUUCUCGACAACUGCCCGGCUCACCAGCAGGAACUGGCCAAUGCAUGGGCAAGUCGGUGGACGGGAGUAGGCAACAUCAUCGGCUAUGUUUUUGGCUACAUGCAUUUGCCCAAAUACUUUCCCUUCCUUGGGAAUACCCAGUUCAAAGUUCUUUGUGCUUUUGCAUCCAUCGCACUUGGUGUGACGUUGGUUGCCAGCUGCUCCUUUAUUCAAGAACGAGACCCCAGACUUGAUGGUCCACCACCCUCAGAUGGACUUGGAGUCAUCGCAUUCUUCAAACAGACCUUUAAGUCCAUUCGCACUCUGCCACCGCAGAUUGCACGAGUGUGUGAGGUACAGAUUGCAGCUUGGGUGGGCUGGUUCCCCUUCCUGUUUUACGCUACUACAUACAUUGGGCAGCUCUACGUCAAUCCAAUCUUCCAAGAAAACCCGCACCUCCCCGAGGAUCAGAUUGAUAAGGCGUGGGAAGAUGCCACACGCAUCGGAACAUUUGCGCUCCUCAUUUACGCUGUUAUUUCAUUCACCGCCAACACUGUACUCCCAAUUUUUGUCGUUCCCACCUACCAACCUACUGUCGAAGUUGUUGCGCACCAAGACGAUCGAGAUGCUUCUUUCGAUGAUGAAGAGGAGCAUACCCGCCGGAUAUCAAUAUCUGCGAUGCCGACUGGAGUGACAUCAGAGCCUCUGCUUGAUGCACGCUCAGGUAAGAACAUAGACGAAGAAAACACUACAUGGCUUUCACGCCUGCAGAUUCCCGGUCUUACACUUCGCCGCACGUGGCUUCUGUCGCACAUCCUAUUUGCGAUAUGCACGUUUAGUACAUUUUUCAUCUCAUCCUACCAGGCCGGUUCCAUUGCUAUAGGUUUCAUUGGAAUUUCAUGGGCAGUAACUCUAUGGGCGCCAUUUGCCUUGAUCUCGGCGGAGGUUUCGCGCAUAGAUCUAGAACGUCGGUUGCGACGGCACGCGGCCAGCACCGACGGACAUCCGGCCUCUGCUCCGGGUCCCCACAUGACAUCCAACUCUUAUGCACCUGUCUCCGUCGAGGAUGAAGAUCAUCAUCACACUUCAGACGGUGCCAGCGCUGACGAUCUCGAGGAAGGUCGCUCUAAAACUCACGCCGAUGCUGAUUCAGACAACUUGAUCCAAGCUGGCAUCGUCCUCGGUUUACAUAAUGUGGCCAUUUCCUUCCCCCAGAUCUUUUCUAGUCUUAUUUGCAGUGCUAUCUUCAAGGCCGCCCAGAAACCGCGUGGGGAGCCCUGGGAUGAUAGCGUGGGCUGGGUGCUACGGUUUGGCGGAUGUGCAGCAUUGGUAGCGGCGGUAUUAACUAAGCGAUUAGCGGAGGGUACACGGUGA